AUCGCACAGUUGAGAGGCAGCCGUCGAGCACAGCAGACGCCACCAACGGACCAACAAAAACACGUCGACACAAAUUUAUUGCUAAAAUUACUUUUAGGAGCACUUAAAAAUAAAACGUCUCCCUAAUUAACAACAAGUGAGAAGCAGACUUGUAACAAUGACGACUAGUUUUACAAUUAAUGGGCAACCAUUUACGGUGAAUUUAACGAAUUUUCCCCCGGACCUAACGCUCAAUACAUUCAUACGGGAGCAUGCGCAGCUUACGGCCACCAAGUUCAUGUGCCAGGAGGGCGGCUGUGGCGCCUGCGUCUGCGUGGUGCGAGGCAAGAAUCCAGCGACUGGUGAGACCCAUGGCUGGGCCGUUAAUUCGUGCCUCACAUUGCUCAACAGCUGCACAGAUCUAGAGAUUGUGACGGCCGAAGGUUUGGGCACGCAACGCAGUGGCUAUCAUCCGAUACAGAAGCGAUUGGCCAAGAUGAAUGGCACCCAGUGUGGUUACUGCUCGCCGGGAUUUGUGAUGAACAUGUACGGCCUGCUGGAGUCGAAGCACGGCGAGGUGACCAUGCAAGAGGUGGAAAACUCUUUCGGCGGCAACAUCUGCCGCUGCACUGGCUAUCGACCCAUUCUGGACGCCAUGAAAUCCUUCGCUGUGGACAGCGACAUUGCUGUGCCGGCGGAGUGUGCCGAUAUUGAGGAUUUGAGUGGCACUCGCAAUUGUCCCAAAACAGGUACACCCUGUGCUGGAAGUUGUCAGCGCACUUCGCUGAUUUAUGCCGAUGGCAGUCAGUGGCAUUGGCCGAAGACGCUGGAGCAAUUGUUCGAGGCAUUGGUCAAAGUAGAGGAUAGCCAGCAAUUCAUGCUGGUGGCUGGAAACACGGCGCAUGGCGUAUAUCGUCGUUCCGCCAACAUAAAGCACUUCAUAGAUGUGCGUGGCAUUGGAGACCUGAGACAGCACAGCAGCUCUGCAGCUUUGUUAACUCUCGGCGCCAAUCUAAGUCUCAGCGAGGCGAUGGACAUUCUAGACGCUGCCUCAAAGCAAGCUGGCUUUGAGUAUUGCGCUCAAGUGUGGCAUCAUUUCGACUUGAUAGCGAAUGUGCCUGUGCGGAAUGGCGGUACGUUGGCUGGCAACAUUUCCAUUAAGAAGCAGCAUCCUGAAUUUCCCUCGGAUGUUUUCAUUAGCUUCGAGGCUUUGAAUGUGCGCGUUGUGGUGCUCGAAAGCGCCACUAAAGAGCAGGAAAUGUCCCUGAGCGAUUAUUUGAGUGCUUCGAAUAGAAAGCUGGUGCUGAAGUCCUUUCUGCUGCAAGCGUAUCCAAAGGAUAAGUUCGUUUACAACUCCUACAAGAUCAUGCCUCGAGCCCAAAACGCUCAUGCAUAUGUGAAUGCUGCUUUUCUGUUGGAGCUACAAGGUCCGACAAUUCAAAGUGCACGUCUGUGUUUUGGUGGAAUACGGCCGGAUUUCGUUCAUGCUACGGCUAUUGAGAAAUUACUGGUGUCCCGAAAUCCCUACGACGCUGCUCUGAUGGAACAAACGUUUGGUCAGCUUUCCACAAUACUGCAGCCUGAUGAGGUUCUGCCGGAUGCAUCGCCUGCCUAUCGUUCAAAGCUAGCGUGUGGUCUCUUCUACAAAUUUCUAUUGAGCACCGCACCCUCGGAUGAAGUCGCUGAGGCUUACAAAAGCGGUGCCAACAUACUGCAGCGCCCCCUAUCGUCAGGACUACAGGUAUUCCAAACACAAAAGAAAAGCUAUCCGGUUACCCAAGCAGUGCAAAAAGUUGAGGGCAUGAUACAAUGCUCCGGAGAGGCAACCUAUAUGAACGAUGUUCUCACCACAAGCAAUACCGUGUAUUGCGCAUUUGUUGGUGCCACAAAAGUGGGGUCGACCAUUGAACAAAUAGAUGCUACGGAGGCUUUGAAGCAGCCCGGUGUUCUGGCAUUCUACACUGCCAAGGAUGUGCCUGGCACCAAUACCUUUUGUAAUGCAAACUUUGGCUACACAGAGGAGGAAAUUUUUUGUGCAACCACUGUGAAGCACUAUGACCAACCCCUGGGCGUGGUUGUGGCAUUGACAGCGGAUCAGGCAGAGCGUGCGACCUCGCUAGUGCAGGUGACCUACAGUCAGAGUGGAGUGCGUGAGGUGUUGCCCACGAUGGCCGACGUGUUCGACGCUCCCAAGCUCGACGAAUCGCGCAUUCAGCGCGUAAGCCAAUCGAAGCUGAAGCGCUUGAUUUACACGGACGCCCCGGAUGUGAGUGGGAGUGGCAUAUUUGAUAUAGGCUUGCAAUAUCAUUUCACCAUGGAGCCGCAGACCACAGUUGUGGUGCCUUUCGAGGAUGGGCUGAAGGUCUUCUCGGCCACGCAAUGGAUGGAUCACACACAAGCGGUCAUUGCAGGCAUGUUGCAGGUGAAGGCCAAGGAUGUGCAGUUGCAAGUGCGACGACUGGGUGGCGGCUAUGGUGGCAAGAUAACGCGAGGCAACCAAGUGGCCUGCGCCGCUGCACUGGCCGCCCACAAGUUGAAUCGUCCAGUUCGCUUCGUACAGUCCAUUGAGUCCAUGAUGAGCAGGAAUGGCAAGCGCUGGGCCUGCCGCGCUGAAUACGAGUUUCAUGUGCAAUCGAAUGGCAAGAUUGUGGCGCUCAAGAACGACUUCUAUGAGGAUGCUGGCUGGACCGGCAACGAAAGCCCCAUCCAAUUACAUUCCACAUUUACGGCGCGCAAUUGCUAUAACUUUACGGAUACCAACUACAAGAUAAACGGAAAUGCCGUCCUCACCGAUGCCCCCAGCUCCACAUGGUGCCGUGCUCCCGGCUCGGUGGAGGGCAUUGCCAUGAUCGAACAGAUAUUGGAGCAUAUCGCCUUUGAGGUACAGGCCGAUCCGGCAGAUGUACGUUUGCUGAACAUUUCCAAGGACAACAAAAUGUCGGAACUGCUGCCGAAGUUUUUGCAGUCGCGAGAGUAUCAUGCACGCCGGCAGGAGAUCGAGGAGCACAAUGCCAAGAACCGCUGGCAUAAGCGCGGCUUGGGCCUGGCCGUCAUGGACUAUCCCAUCUUUUACUUCGGCCAGUACCCAGCAACGGUGGCUAUUUAUCACUUGGAUGGCACGGUGGUGGUAACACAUGGUGGCAUCGAAAUGGGUCAAGGCAUGAACACCAAGAUCGCUCAGGUUGCCGCCCACACUCUGGGCAUUGAGCUGAGCUACGUCAAGGUGGAAUCCUCGGAUACUAUCAACGGCGCCAACUCCAUGGUAACUGGAGGCGCUGUGGGCAGCGAGAGUCUCUGCUUUGCCGUGCGGAAAGCCUGCGAGACCCUCAAUGCUCGUUUGCAGCCCGUUAAAAAGGACAAAAAUACGUGGGAGCAAACGGUGGAGGCUGCCUAUGCGGCCUCGAUCAAUCUGAUUUCCUCGGACCAUUACAAAACUGGCGACAUGCAGGACUAUCAUGUGUACGGGUUGGCUUUAACAGAAAUCGAAUUGGAUGUGCUCACUGGCAAUAACCAGAUCAAACGCGUGGACAUUCUCGAGGAUGCCGGCGAAAGUUUAAGUCCUUACAUAGACAUCGGCCAAAUUGAGGGCUCAUUUGUCAUGUUGCUUGGCUAUUGGUUGAGCGAACAAUUAGUCUACGAACGCCAGACUGGGCGCCUCCUCACAAACCGCACCUGGAACUACAAGGUGCCGGGCGCCAAAGACAUACCCAUCGAUUUCCGCAUUGAAAUGGUACAGAAUCCAAAUCCCACUACAGCCGGCUUUAUGCGUUCCAAGGCAACAGGUGAGCCGCCCUGUUGCCUCGCAGUCAGCGUCAUUUUUGCUCUGCAGCAAGCCCUGCAGUCGGCUCGCAAGGAUGCUGGACUGCCCAGAGAAUGGGUGCGCCUCGGUGCGCCUACAACCCCGGAGACAUUGGUGCUAAAUUCUGGCAGCGAUAUAACUGCUUUUAGACUUAAGUAGUUAUUUUGCAGGUGCAAUUAUAAUAACUUGGUGUCGGCUUAUAUUGUUAUUUUGUUUGUAGAUAUUGGAAGCAAUAAACUAUUGUAGCUCA